AUGGAGUCCUCACAGAGCAAAGCGGAAGUCAUGUACAUGGAGGAGGGCAAGGGGUCUUCUCAGGAUGCAGCCGACAAUGCUGCAGAGGUUGACGUCCAGAGAGAAGCGACGGGAGAUCUCAAGCUCGACAAGCACGGCCUGCCCCUUUCACCGCAGCCGACCGACCGGAAGGACGAUCCUCUGAACUGGUCACCGUCUCUCAAACUGUUCGUGCUCCUCCAGGUCUCAUUCCUUGCCUUUCUCGGGCCUAUGGCAGGUGCAAUCGUCAAUCCAGCUUUCGUGCCACUCAGCAAGGAGUUCAAUAUCAGCGUCGUCCAGGCCUCUUAUGAACUUACGGUGUACAUUGUCUUCGCCGGCAUAGGGCCGCUGUUCACAGUGCCCUUGGCGAACGUGUAUGGCCGACGACCUGUCUACAUCCUGGGCAACCUGUUAGCCGCCGUGACCAAUAUCGCCGCGGGAUACUGCAAUACAUGGACUGGAAUCAUGGUUACCCGGGCGUUCAACGGCAUCGGAGCUGGUUCGCCCACCGCCAUCGGCGCAGCGACGAUUUGCGACUUGUACUUCAUGCACGAGCGAGGCUUUUACAUGGGCAUCUUUACGUUUUUCCUCACCAACGGACCGCAUGCGGCGUCCUUGUUCGGUGGUUUCAUCGCUCAGAAUCUGGGCUGGAGAAAAUGCUUCUUAAUUCCAGGCUACAUCCAACUUGGCACAUGCAUAUUCACCAUCUUCUGCCUUCCGGAAACAAUCUACUCGCGCCGAACCAUCGCCAAUCAACGAGAACGCUCGUUCAUGGAUCUACUGCUCUUCCGCAAAUCCUCGCUUCAAGACCGCAGAUUGAAGUUCAGCGAUUUCCUGCGACCUUUCUACAUGCUGAAGUAUGUCGCAAUUGUGGUCCCAGGCCUCUACUACAUGACAGCCUUUGGAUUCGGAUCUGUCAUGUUCGCCGCCACCGGAUCACAACUCUUCCGCUCGUUAUACCACUUCAACGUCGCCCAGACCGGCAUGUUGCUGAGUAUACCGCUUCUCAUCGGCUGUCUGAUCGGCGAAAUGAAUGCCGGCUGGCUCACUGAUUGGAUGGUCUACCGGUACGCGAAACGGCACGGGGGUCGACGGGAGCCCGAACCACGUAUCAAUGCCCUUGCCCUGGCUGCGCUGUGCCCCAUCGGCAUCAUCAUCGACGGCGUCUGCUUGUCGCAUUACCGAACAACCUCGUGGGUGGGAGCGGCGUUCGGCAUGGGGAUCGCAAAUUUCGGGUUGCAGAUCGCCACGACGGUUACCUAUACCUAUUGUACAGAUUGCUACAAACCGCAGAGUUCCGAAAUCUCCAGCAUUCUCAAUGUCUUCCGGAACGUCUUCUCCAUGACAAUCUCAUUCUAUGCCAUCCCACUAGGCGAAAAAAUCCAAUUCCAGUACGCGUGGUUGACAUUCACCAUGAUCCACAUUGUGUUCAUGAUUCCGAUCGUCCUCCUCCGCUUCAAGGGCAUCCAGUGGAGGAACAGCUCCUGGCAGAAGCCGCCGACCUUCCACAACGACAUCUGA